ACCCAAUCAAACCAAUUCAAAAUCAGAAAUUCACACAAUCUCACAAUUUCUUCAAUGGCAUCCACAUCCUUUACCCUCCCCAACAAGCUAUUCUCCCGCCGCUUCACCGCGAUUCCGCCGCCGCAUUCUCCGAUCAACCUUCAGAGCUCGCUCCGCGUCUUCUCCGGCUACGCCACCGCGGAGAGAGCCAGGACCGCCUCCCCGGCGGCGUCGUGCUACGACGUGCUAGGGCUCGACGCCGGCGCAACUUCCCAGGAAAUCAAAUCCGCCUACCGGAAGCUGGCGCGGACUCUGCACCCCGACGUCGCCGACAGGCGCCGCGGCGGCGAUGCGGCGGACGAAUUCAUCCGAGUGCACGCGGCGUACGCUACACUCUCCGAUCCGGAGAAGCGCGCGAUGUACGACAACACUCUGUCCUGGCGGCCGGCGGUUGCUUCAGCCGCUGAUUACUCCUCGGCGGCGCGGCGGGGGCGGUCGUGGGAGACGGAUCAGUGCUGGUAAUUGAAAAAUCUCCCGAUUGGAGAUCUGUACAGAUAGUGUGAGUGAAAAUAUUGUGAAGAUUUGAUUCAUGGUGGGUUAAUUAGUAGAUCCAUGAGUGAAAUCAACAAGCUGUGGAGUUCGUUACUCUGCUUUUCUAAUGUUAACUAAAUACGGCCUAUCAUUAUGUAUC